CUUCAAUUCCCCCCUCUGCAAUCCCCCACCCCCUUGCAACUCUGCUACGUGGUACAGCAAGCUGUGUGUGCGGAACUUUGUCAAGGGAUGAUACAAAACUCCAGGAGCUAAGUUUUGUGUGAAAAAAGGAUCAGAAUGCAGACAGCUUCUUAAUUGCAAAUGAAAAACAAAAAAACAUUAGAACAAUUAAUUAGAGAUAUUGAACCACUUUACGAGUAGCAAUCAUAUCGUGCCUGCAAACUAAGUGCACUUAAUUUUCUUUAGAAUCCAUAGAGGGCACUGGGAAUUUGAGAUUUUCUUGAAAUAAUUUUAAGGUUUUUAUCAGUCCAUAGCCAAAGCUGUAUAUUAGAACAGAAGAGGGCAUAGUUCUCACUGCUUCCAGAUUUGAAUUCCCAAUAAUGCUCCAAUGCCAGUACUGCAUUUUUGCCUUUUUUUUCUUAGUGGGAGUGCAGGCUCAGUACGAACGGUACAGCUUCCGGAGCUAUCCCCGGGAUGAGUUGAUGCCCCUUGAAUCUGCCUACAGGUAUGGACUGGAUCAGUAUAGUAAUGAGAACUGGCCAGAGACUGUCAAUUAUCUGGAGAUCAGCCUGAGGUUGUACCGCUUGUUGAGGGACAGCGAGGCCUUCUGUAACCUCAACUGCAGCACUGCAAAAAUGCCUGAACUGGAGAGUAACGAAGGAGGUGAGCUCGGACGCUUUGCUGGUUUCCCUGAGCUCAGGGUAUUUGGGGACUUGCUGAUGAGGGCCCAAUGUCUUAAACGGUGCAAACAAGGACUUCCAGCUUUCAGACAGUCACAACCCAGCAGAGAGAUAAUAGAGGAAUUUCAGAAAAAGGAGCCUUACAAGUUUCUGCAGUAUGCCUACUUCAAGACUAAUAAUUUGCCGAAGGCCAUUGCAGCAGCUCAUACCUUUUUACUUGUGCAUCCUCAUGACGAGAUGAUGAAGAGAAACAUGGCGUAUUACAAGAGUAUACCUGAAUCUGAGGUUCAUAUUAAAGAUUUAGAGACAAAGGCAUAUGAGAAUUUAUUCAUCAGAGCAGUGAGGGCGUAUAAUGGAGAGAACUGGAGAACGUCAAUUUCUGAUAUGGAGCUGGCACUGCCCGACUUUUUCAAGACAUUUGAAGAAUGUAUUGCAGCCUGUGAAGGCUCCCGGGAGAUUAAAGAUUUUAAAGACUUUUACCCUAAUGUAGCAGAUCAUUAUACUGAGGUGCUCAAAUGCAAACUCAAAUGUGAAAGUAAUUUAACUCCCAUCAUUGGUGGCUACGUUGUUGAAAAAUUUGUGGCAACUAUGUAUCACUAUUUGCAGUUUGCCUACUACAAAUUGAAUGAUGUUAAAAAUGCAGCUCCGUGUGCAGCCAGUUACCUUCUCUUUGACCAAGAUGACGACGUAAUGAAACAGAACAUGGUCUAUUAUCAUUACCACAAAGAUAAAUGGGGACUAACAGAUGAACACUUCAAGCCUAGACCAGAAGCGGUCCUUUUUCACAACAUUACAACUAUACAGAAAGAGCUGUAUGAAUUUGCCUUGCUGCACCUUGUAGAUGAUGAUGAGGGUAUUGUUGUGGAAUAUCUCGAUGAACUCUUGGAAGGGAAUGCAUUUUGACCAAAAAUAUAAUAACAUAAUUUUUGUUUCAUUGUUUUCAUUUGCUCAUUUGUCUUCGAUUCAAAAGGAAAACACAAGAAUGAUUUCAUCUGAACAACCCAUUUUUGCCGUUACACUCAAACGCGCAACCAAUGCACUGAUUUCAUAUAUUGGUAUGAGAGGAAACAGGUUAAUAUAUUGAUAUAUGGGUUUGGAUUUCCCCUGCUUUUUAAUCAGUAUUUAUUAUCCAUGUAUGUGUGUGCAAAACAUGGAAAUAAAUUUCUGUGAAACACAA